AUGAAGUGUGCACUUUUUGCCAUUUUCAUUUUCGCUAUUGUUGUUAGUAUUAAUUCUUCUCCAAUUGGUGAUGAACAACCAGAACCUGUGAGACCAGAUGUAUUUAUCCCAGAGGAUUAUAAUCCAGAAAUUCCAGAACACAAAGAGGAACACUACAGAGUCAAAAGAUUUACCUGCGACGUACUCAGCGUGGAAGCAAAAGGUGUCAAGUUAAAUGAUGCUGCAUGCGCGAUUCAUUGCCUCACUCUUGGUAAAGCCGGAGGAUGGUGCGACAACCACAAAGUGUGCAACUGCAGAAAAUAA